AUGGGGGCUGAGCCCAGCAAGAAGUGCUUCCAGGAGGCUUGGCCACUGGCGCUCAUCAGGAUCGCCGCCGUACUGGCACUGGGGACAUUGCCUGUUGCAGGGGAGCAGCCCCUGUCACAGUUGUGGGCAAGCAAAGCCCCAACGGCACAGGAGCUUGGAAGGCGUGCAUCUCACGAGCUCAAGGCUUUGCUUCAGAGCAAGGGGCUUCAUUGCGACAGCUGCGAGAAGGCGCAGCUGGUGCAAAGAGUAUUGGACACCUGGGAUGAGGAGGUGUUGGAGGCCUCAUCGCCGGAUGGCAAGCUCCGCUUGACAAAGGACAUUUUCGUAAAGAAUCUGAAGAUGUCGCACAAACGGCAGCUGAAGCGAAAGCCAGAAGACGGCGGACAUGAGUUAGCUGAUGACGAUGACGACGUGGAAGGUGCCGAUGUUCAUAUCCCGGACAUAGACAAGGUUUGGCGCGAAUUCAGCACCAAACUCUCGAAGGGAGAUGUCCAGACAGACGGUCAAGGGCAGAUAGUCUACGAGGUCAACAGUCCAACACCCGCCCCGAGCAUGUGGGAUAAGUGGAAGAUGUAUGGGCUCAUGGCCAUGAACAUCUCCAUGCUGCUGUGCACUCAGUUCUUGAAGAGGUACAAAGGGUCCGACGCCACAGAAGAGGAGAAUGUCUGA